GACUAGUUGAGCUACAGUCAGAUGGGGAAAAUUUUAUAGAAGGACAAUCAGUUGGAUUUAACCUCUAAAAAUUUCUAACGGUGUAAACGACUAAAAAGUGCUACCAAAAGUAAAUUGGUCUUAUUUUUUGGUAAUUUCAUCGACUUCUGCCGUUUUGAAAGUAACAGUGUCUCUUUCGUUUCAAGACAAUUCGAAAACAGCCCGCCCCGACUCAGUCUCAGUCCCCGCCAACGUACCGCUCGCCGUCGCCGGAUAGACCGCCACCUAUUCUUUCCGUCGGCCAUUUACAUGAUGACGGAAGACAGUGACAUCACGAAAAAGAGGGAGGACACGGGGCUUAUAGAUUUUCUCAAAGUUCUUCCUCCAGUUGAGUUCUGCUGCAUAUAUGGUUCGACUCUACACCCAAACAAUCAUUACAAGUCGAAAAUGGUUGACCUUAUUCUUGGCGUAUCUGAUCCUCAAAAAUGGCACGAAAAGAACAUUCAAUUAAACAAAGAUCACUAUGCCUCAUGGAUGGUGUACCUUGGAGGGGGAAAACUGGUUACUGAAGUUGCAGAUGAAAUUGGUGUUGGAGUACAUUUCAAUCCUUAUGUGACGUGGAAUGAGAAGACGCUUAAGUAUGGGGUUGUCCGGAUGCAUGAUUUGAUACAGGACAUACUAUAUUGGAAGACAUUCUACCUCAGUGGCCGUUUGCAAAAGCCGGUUAAUAUACUAGUAGAUACGCUGGAUGUUCGACAGCUAAACUCUGUUAAUCUGAGGUCUGCAGUAUCUGCAGCUCUCCUCCUUCUGCCACCUGAAUUUACUGAGGUCGACUUGUAUGCCAAAAUAUGUAGCCUUUCAUAUAUGGGUGAUUUGCGUAUGCUUUUUGCAGAGGACAGAGAUAAGGUCAACAAGAUAGUUGGAGGGCAGUUCCAGUUGUUCCAGUCAAUGUACCAACCUUGUCUUGAAGAGUACAAAGCAAAGCGGUUGUUGCAAUUCUCAGGUCACCAAUCAAAUAUAUCUCAGGAUUGUGGAUUAUCAGCAACAGAGUUGUUGAUUUCAUCUUUGGCAAGGGCGGUGGGGACAGAACUUGGGGAGAAGAGAAGUGUGAGUGGUGGUGGAGUCACAGACCAAUCGUCGAUCCGAUGGAGAAAAGAGGCAGCGGAUUGCAUUGAGGGGGUUCUGAGGCGGAAGGUAAUGGUUUCAAGUGCAAGACAAGCGGUGUCUGGUCUGUUGGCUGUGGGCGGUGUUAAGGCUGCCAAGUAUCUUGCUGCCAAAAUGUGCAAGGCCUGGAGAUCAUGGACAUGAAACUCAAAAACCCUUUGUUUCUUCUUUUAGAGAAAAUCAUAAAUGUAUUUUAUAAUUA